CAGAAGAAAAAGAAUGUCUGCUCCCUGCAGAAUGUCACGUGCCAAAUUUUAAUUUAUCUUAAUGUUCAUAUUUGUUAAUGUUGUUUGUUGUUUCAUUGAAUGAAUGAAUGAGGAUGAGAUUGCCACCUUUACCAACGGUUGGUGAAAUAAUUCGUUUGUACAGACUUCGAGCAAAGAAACAUUUGUCACAAAAUUUUCUCCUUGAUCUUAAUUUGACUAAGAAAAUUGUAUGCAGUGCUGGAAAAUUGGACAAUGGUUUUGUUUGUGAAGUUGGACCCGGACCAGGGGGCAUAACUCGAUCACUGCUGGAAACCAAUUUGAGACAACUGGUGGUUAUAGAGAAAGACAGAAGAUUUGUACCAGGAUUACAGCUUUUGGCAGAUGCUGCUGAAGGACGGAUGGCAAUUGUCCAUGGAGACAUCCUGCUUUGUGACUUGUCAAGUGUGAUUCCACAAGACGUAGCACGUCCUUGGGAGGACAACUCACCCAACAUUCACCUGAUUGGUAACUUGCCAUUUAACGUUUCCACUCCAUUGAUAAUUCGGUGGCUGGAAGAGAUUUCUAACAAAACAGGACCAUGGAAAUUUGGUCGCACAAAACUGACCUUGACCUUUCAGAAGGAAGUGGCUGAAAGGAUGGUUGCAAGAACACUGUCGAAGCAAAGAUGUCGGCUAUCGGUUAUGUGCCAAAAUCUUUGUGAUAUACAUUUGAAAUUCAUAAUUCCAGGAAAAGCGUUUGUUCCACCUCCAAAGGUUGAUGUUGCAGUGGUUCAGUUUAUACCAAGAGUAAAACCAAUGAUAAAUCAUCCAUUCAAACUGGUGGAGAAAGUCUGUAGACACCUUUUUCACUUCCGAAACAAACACUGCAAACACACACUGGCAACGUUGUUUCCUCCCGAUAUGCCGGAGCUAACGGCUGAGAUGCUUGAAGAGACGGGUAUUAACCCCGAGACACGGUCGUACAUGCUGAGCAUGGGGGAUAUGUCAAAGUUCUGUGAUACCUACCGCAGUAUCUGCGACAGAAUACCAUUCAUGCUGGAAUACAAUUAUCGAGAUCCGGAAAACAUUAAAAAAUACCACAACAAGAGGAUCAUGGUCACUGAAAUGUUGGAGGACAGAAUUUUGAACGAUGGAAUUACGGAUGAUGAGGAUGUAUUAAGUAAAGCUAGUUGAUAAAAAAAGAGAGUAUUAUUAUUAAUAAUUAUGAGAUGGGCGGGAGGUAGCCCAGUGGGAAAGCGCUUGCCUGAUACAUUCUCGGUCUAAGAUCAAUCCCCAUGGUUCUCGUUCCAGCCAGUGCACCACGACUGGCAUAACAAAGUCCAUGGUAUGUGCUAUUCUGUCUGUGGGAUGGUGCAUGUAAAAGAUCCCUUGCUACAAAUGGAAAAAUGCAGAAGGUUUCUUCUCUAAGACAGUUACCAACUGUUUGACAUCCAAACAUCUAUGAUUAAUAAAUCAAUGUGCUCUAGUGGUGUUGUUAAACAAAACAAACUUUAACUUUAAUUAUGAGAUGUUCUACUGUUCUGAAGGAGGGGUACAGUUCAGUGGUAGAGAACUCGUCUGAGAAGAACUUUAGGAGUUAUUUCCCCUUUACCAAUUGGAUCCCUUGCUGCUUUUCAGAAAGAGCAUCUUAUGGUGACAUUUUUUCCCUCUUGUUCUCUGUCUGUCUCUCCUAGACUGUCUGCAGGCACCGAUCCAGUAUUUUUUAAUAGAGGGGACCUAAAAUCUGUUGUUGGUUUUGAAAAUAGAAUUUAAAUGUCCUUGAUAAGUGGACGGGAUAAGUUUGCAUUUCUUGUGUAUUCUGUAAUAUAUAUUGUUAACUAAAAAUAGGGGAGGUGAUGGGUGGACAUCUUGGGACUGCACUUGAAUCGACGCUUGUAAAGUUUAAUAGAUAUAAUUUGGCAAAAUGUUCUGCUCAACCAGAACUACAUGUAGCUCUGAUACCAUACACAGUAACAAGGAUUUACCUAUCGGUGCCAUCUAAAUUUGAAAAGAAGGGUACUGGUGAGGUACAUGAUAUGCCCAUCAGAAGUUUGAUGGAAAACCAUAGAUAUUAAUGAAUAUGUUACGGGUAAAAUUUGAUUCUAAUUAUGUGAAAUGUUUGCAAUGGGAUGGAUGAACAGUUUGUUUUGGACCAACUACUGAUGAUACUGUAUCCACUGGAGAAGGUGCUGUCUGGUUAAUGAAAUUAUUGUUCUUUGUUACAAAGGAAAAUUUUGUUCAGCAUUUUUUUCAAAGGCUAAACAAGAUUUUCCUAAGACAUAUUUUCAUAUGAAAUACAGACAAAUUAUUUGAAAUAUUUAUAUCACAGUGACCUAGUA